UUCCUUUAAAUUUUGCCGCAGAUGUCGUAGAAAAGCCAUAAUAUUAUUACUUGAAAUGAAGUAGUUCCAGUUACAGUUGAAUUGACGCAUGAAGGUGAAGGUCGUCAGGAAAAAUAUUUUGUUGUGAUUACAUUCAAGUAGAAUCUUGAAUUACAUAUACAUUAAUUUGUAUAUUAGGCAUUGAUUUGAAAGAAGAAAUGAUUUAAUAAUUAGUUUAUUAUAUGAAGCGCUAGCAAAAAUACAAGCUUCUGAUAUGUGUGUAUUACCUUUUGUGAUGUUUAGUUUGUGAUGUUUAUUUGAAAAUUCUACUCCAAAUCUGAAGAUCAAAUAUUAAGAAUAAUCAAACUAAGUACAAAUAAUUUCAAGAUGAUAUAAAGCAUGCAGUAAAGAAAAUUUAGGAAAUGUUAAUUCAGUUAUUGCAAAAUUUGAAAUGGACAAGAAUACUUGUUGUCAAAUAUGUGUUAAGGAGUUUUUCAAAGUUAGUAAUUUAAGAAGACAUGUUAAGAGAUUUCACCCUGAAAUAUUUAAGCCAUUGCCAAAGAAACAAUUUGCCUUCACUUGCGAUGUUUGCAGUAAAAACUUCAGUUAUAUAAGGAACUAUAGAUGUCAUGUAAAAAAUCAUGAUCCAAAUCCACCCAGAACAAAAAUUAUGAAAAAUUGUCCAUUAUGUGCAUUUGUUUCUCAUAAAACGGAGUUGUAUGAGCAUUUUAAAAAAAUACACAAUAUAAAAUUGGCCACAGAACAAUUACGUUUUGCUGAUUGUGAUUCUUUCAUGAAAUGGAAAAUGUCAUUAGAAAAUGACACCAGAAGUCACUUUGUUCGAAAUUACACACAACAGACCAAAUAUUAUGAUGAGGUGAUUCUUUUUGUGUGUCACAGAUCGGGGCAUUACUUUGGUAAAGUUAAAAAUAUGGAAAAAGUAAAAAAUGAUAUUGUGACAAAAAAAAUUGGAGGUUUCUGUCCUGCUAAUAUUAAAAUGAUGAAGAAAAACGAUGGCUCAAUUUUGGUUUCAUUUUUACAAGCUCAUGUUGGACACAGUGAUGAAAUGGAAAAUAGCUCUAGUGAUUCAGCAAAAAAAUUAAAAACUGCCAGGACUGUAAAGCAUGCAUACACAAAUAUUCAUGUAGCUGCAAAGACUGGACUCUCAAAUGGAAUAUGUGUGUACAUAUUCAUUUACUGUGCAGACUAUUUAAUGAGGAACCAAAAGAUAAACAGGAACAAAUUCUCGCAUCACAAUCCAAUUCUAGUUUGGAUAUAACGGAUCUCAUAAUAUACGAUGGAGGAAGAGAUAAUGAGCCCAAAACUCCAGCUAUUAUUCACUCAGUGCAAGAGAUAACUCCAGGAAUACCAAUCGAGGAGAAAAAUAUAGUUUUACAAGAGUUCUCUGAUAUACUAAUAAAGUGUAAUUCGCCUAAUAUUUUUCGAGAGAUUGUCACUAUUAUUGGGGGUUUGAAGGCAAGGGUUGAAUGUGAAGAAGUAUUAUCUCCAAAUCCAAAUCUUAUAUAUAAUAUUUGCUGACAUGAAUCGUUUAAGAUAUUUGGACUAUGCCUUGAGGUAUUCUACUUUCACCAAAAUCAGCUACAAGCGGUGUUAUGAACUUUUGCAAGUUGCAGAAGGAAGCGAUCAAGAGCAAAUUAGAACUGCCUAUUUGAAUUUGGUAAAGAAGUUUCAUCCUGAUUCUGGUUCAGAGCAUGCCAAUGUCGAAAAAUUUCAUGAGAUAGAUCAAGCCUUCAAAAUUUUGACCGCUAAAAUUUCCAAGGUCCGAUGGGACAAAGAGGAUGAGGUGGAAAAAGAAGAACCAGAUAUAAAGCAUACUGCUCCUCAGCAUAGGCACUAUCUCAGUUAUGAUGGCUACGGCAUUGGAAAUCCUUUCCAACGAGAGAGGCAAUAUGUCAAACAUAGGGCUAUAAAAGCAUCGCAAAAUCUAUACAAUCAUAGAGUUGAAAAAGCGGCUGCUGAAGAAAAUGCGCUAAUGAAAAAAAAAUCGGCGAGACAUGAUAUAAAAACUAAAUACGGGAUUGAUCGUCUAGUUGAAGACCUAAUCCAAGAAUCAAUAUCGAAAGGAGAAUUCAGUAAGCUCUCAGGUGUUGGUAAGCCAUUAAGGGAAAGACAUAAUAGAAAUCCUUUCGUGGAUUUGGUAACUCACAAAAUAAAUGAAGUACUAAUUGAUAAUGGUUUCACUCCAGAAUGGAUUACAUUGAAUAAGGAAAUAAGAGAAGAUGUUAGUAAGCUAAGAGCAAGUCUAUCGGAGGAAAGAAAAUAUUUCAAAAAAUAUCCCUUGAAUGAAUCUGAUGCUCUAUUAUGGUACGAAUGCUUUUCUAAUUACAAAAAUCAAGUCAAAGAUUUGAAUUCGAAAAUUGAUAAAUUCAAUUUAUUAGUACCAAUUUUAGAUAAACAAAUUUUUCAUGUGAAUUUAGAGAAAGAAGCUGAAAAAGUUCUCUUGAAUGGAGUAUACUGUGAUGAUAAUUUUGUAAGAAAACAAUGUGAUGAUACAACAAAAGAAUCUAUUGAUUUUGAUCAGACUUUACUUGGUUCUUUAUAUAAAAUGUUCAAAUAAAUUUCUCAUUAUUAAAUUUUACAUCUUUCAAUUGAA